UUUCUUGUAGAUCUACAUCAGGUUUAAUUGCAUCAAGUUUUAUAGUGGGAUCUUGCUUGGUGAUCUCUCUCAUUAAGACCUUUUUGGGGGGUUGCUUUCUUUUCUGCUUAAAAUAAAACUGCUCCAGUGAAGGUUGGUGAGAUGCCGCCAUGGUGCAGUGGAUGUUCCUGCUGUGAUCAAUAAAAUCAGCAACCGUAUUCCUCGGGCUCUGGCUCUUCUAUGUGUAGAUUUACGUGUCUCUCCUUUGUGUUGUGACUGCUGAGUCAGUAAACAAAUCAGAGGGUUACUCCUACUAAUUAAUCAAGCACGUUGCCAUGGACCAGCCUCAAGACAGGGUUAGGGAUGUGUUCAGAGAGAUUCCAUUGAGAUACUUGGGUUAUGCUAAUGAACUUGGUGAAUCUUUUCGCCACAUGGUCCCACUGAGGCUGGUUUGCUUUAGCUAUGUCAUAUCCUCUGGCUAUGUACUGUCACACGCUAUAUUCCAAGGCCUUCAUGCGAACAAAACUGAUAAAGUUGUCCUUCAGCAAACGCCAAUACAUGGCUAUCACAGUGUGAACAGUUCACAUCAGAACCACAACGUGAAGGUGUCUCCUGGAAUAGCAUUUCUGGACACACUGUUAUGGCAGGGGCUGGCCUCUGUGUUAAUACCUGGUAUAGCCAUCAAUAGACUGUGUGCCAUUUCAAGGACUGUGUUGAACAAAAGGGCAAUGCAUUUGUUGGGAUCAGCAAGUAAGAAGUGGAUUGUUACUGGGAUAGGACUAGCAGCCAUUCCCAUCAUCAUACACCCUAUAGACAGUUUUGUGGACAAGCUAAUGGAGUCUAUUGUUAGUCUAAGAUCAGAAUGCCAAACUAUCACAAAAUAAUUCUUUAUUAAGUCAUUAAUCAACGCCUCCCAAUAGUAAUCAUUUAAA